AUGCGCACUGCACCCGCUCGGGAGAUGGGUGGCUGCCGUGUUUUGGGUCAGGUCUGGGGUGCCUGGCGCCGGGGGCCGGGGGUCCGUGUAGUGGCCAAGGCCUCAGGCUUUGGCACCGAAGCCGGACAUCAGCUGCGACCUCGAGGCUCCAGCAAACGGUCGAGGCCUCUGGGGGACCAGCCAUUCCCGGGGCUGCUGCAGCUAGAGAACCUCGGUCGGAAGGAGCUGGUUGAUGUGCUGAGGGCUGCUGUAGUGGACCAGAAAGGACCUCUAGUGACAUUGAAUAAGCCACCAGGUCUACCAGUGACAGGAAAACCAGGGAGGUUGACAUUGGUCUCAGUGCUGCCAGAGCUGAGCCAGUCCCUGGGGCUUGGGGAUCAGGAGCUCCAGGUUGUCCAAGCAUCUGGGAAAGAGACCUCUGGGCUUGUGCUCCUUUCCAGUUGUCCCCAGACAGCAAGCCGCCUCCAAAAGUUCUUCAUCCACUCACGGAGAGCCCAGAGACCCACAGCCACCUACUGUGCUGUCACUGAUGGGAUCCCAGCUACUUCUGAGGGGAAGAUCCAAGCAGCUUUGAAACUGGAACACAUUGAUGGCAUUGAUCUUAGACGGUCUGGACUUCUUUGCCAGGGGUGUGUGAAGCUUGUUCCUUCUUGGGGGCUGACACCACAGGUAAUUCCAGUGAAGUCCCCAUCCCGAAAGGACUUCCAAGAAGGUGUCAAGAGGACUGUCAGCCACUUCCGUGUGGUGGCCACGGGCUCUGGCUGUGCCCUGGUCCAGCUGCAGCCGCUGACAGUGUUCCCCACUCAGCUCCAGGUACACAUGGUCCUGCAGCUCUGCCCCGUGCUUGGGGAUCACACAUACUCUGCCCGCGUGGGCACGGUCCUGGGCCAGCGCUUUCUACUGCCAGCGGAGAGCACCAAAUCCCGAAGACAGGUCCUGGAUGAAGCCCUCCUCAGACGCCUUUGCCUGACUCCCUCCAAGGCUGCCCAACUGCCCUUGCAUCUCCACCUGCAUUGUCUCCAUCUUCCAGGCAUGAGGCCCAGGGAAGCCCCCAUGAAGCUUCUGGCACCCUUGCCCCCUUAUUUCUCCAGGACCCUACAGUGUCUGGGGCUCCACCAACAAUAGUCCUCCUUCUGUUCCUUCUGUUCCUGCUGCAAAGCAGUGGGGAUGGAGGGCGGGGGGCAUGAACCUACAAUCAAGCUUGAGGAGAAUGAAGUCAGUACUCAGCAAGCAGUAAGGCCUUGCUUUAAGAUUCUGGGCUCUGCAUUAGGACAAACCUAAGAUCAAAGCCUCCCUAGGCACCUGCUGUACAGUGUUAGGCAAGUGACUGCAUCUCUCUGGAUGUGUAUUAAAAUCAUAGUGUGGUUUUGAGGAUUUGCUAAGAAAGUGAGUAUUUAUCAUGGAGCAUACUUUCUGCUGAGUUCACUAUGUGGUCUUAUUUGGUUCUUUCUGUCCCAAUUCUAGCUGGGAGGAAAUGUUCGAUUUUUUAAUUGUGGUAAAGUACACGUAGCAAAAUUUACCAUUUUAACCAUUUUAAGUGGUUCAGUGGCAUUAGGUACAGGUACACUGUUGUGUAAUCAUCCAUCAUCUUACAGAACCGAAGCUCUGCCCCCAUUAAACACGGACUCCCCAUCCCCCAGUAGCCCCCAUUCCCUGUUCUCCUUUGUCUAUGAAUCGGACUACUCUAGGGAUUUGAUAUUGAAAUGAAGAUCUCAGAUCUUUUACAGUAAAAAGCUAUGAAAUAUGUCAAACAUACAAAGAGUACAUAAAUGUCUCUGUGAUUUAAAGAAUUACAAAGUGAUGCCCAUUUAACCACCGCGUGGCAUGAAACAGAAACAUGCCUCUCCUUCCUUUUUAGGGUAGCAGUUCUCAACUCUGGUCCCACAGUAGAACCCCCUCUGCCUCCCUCUCAGGAAGCUUUAAAAAAAGAAAAAACCAUACCUUCCCUGUGAUUCUGCACCACAAAGAUGCCAGUUUAAGCAGUCUGGGCCAGAGACCCCGGCAUCAAUCUUUUAAGUUCCCCAAGGGGUUCCAUUGUUCCUUCUAAGUUGUCUUGUUAAGGUUUUCCACAUAUACAUGCAUCCCUAAACAAUCUACUUCGUUUUGCCUGAUUUUGGUGUUUCCAUAAAUCGAGUCAUGCUA